UUUAGGUUUUGAAGCCAGGAGAUUCUUCGCCUGCCAGGUCCCCUCAAGCCACUCAGUGUUAAAACCCAGAAUAUAUCUUCGUUCUCACUGCUGUGAGAACCAGAUAGAAGUAAUUGUACCCACGUGGGACACGUAUGGCAGUGCAUAGUUUCCGCGCUGAACUGUGAGAAAGUCACGCGUUCCGGAUGAUCACUGAAUUUCAAGUGUGCCAUGGACAAUAUAAAUGAAAACACCUAGUACUGGACCUGGACUGUGAAAGACUACACUAAAGAUAAAAAGUAAUGUACGUUGUGCGUGAUUGAUUUAUAUAAACUGCUUACGACGUAUUUCUUGGCUGGCUUUUUGACUAUAUUAUUUUAUUCUUCACAUGGGCAAAUGCGUUGGGGGGGGGGCAUGUUUUUGGCUUUGAUUUUUUCGUAAAACAUUUCAGUCUGAGAUAUGAGCUGCCAGCGAGGUAAUGUUAAACGGACACGGCCCCAGAAGUACAAGAAUAAAACUGCUUUCAAAAAUGACUUGCACGAUACUAGUUCUAAAAUUAAGCAGGUUAAUAAUAUUGAAAUUGUGAACGUAUGUGUAAAAUGUAAGACUAUAUUAGAAUGGAAGAUCAAAUACAAGAAGUAUAAACUGCUGAAAGCUCCUAAGAAAUGUACCAAGUGUGAACAAAAGACUGUAAAAAAUGCAUAUCAUAUGAUGUGCAUUCCCUGUGCUGAAAUGCAGAAAGUUUGCCCAAAGUGUGGGAAAGUUGAGGAAAUUGUGAAGAAAAACGAAUUUGACCAGGGGAAAAUGGACACUCAAUUACAGAAGCUCAUCAGAGAUUUACCAGAAAGAAAGAGACGGACAUUUUUUCGUUAUAUAUCACAAAACGAAAAGACAAGUGGCAAAGAAGCCAGAAACACUGAGGACACCAAAGAAGAGAUGAUGGAAAAAUUUAAGUCAUUGAAUUUAGAACCAGAAGAAGAGGAAUACACUUCUGGUGAUGAAUCUGAUAAUAUGUCUGAGCACUCUUAUUGAGGCAAGGGUUAGUGAAGCUUGCAUAUUAUGGAGAUUGCUGUUUUGGGAUGUUAUACCAUGUAGUCUGGUAUAAAUUGAUUAACAUUUCAGAGGUGAUUACCACCUCUGAAACGUCAGUGAAUUUCUACCAGACUACAUGAUGCAACAUUCCAGAAGAUAGCCAUCUUCAUAUUUAUCUCCAUGAGAGCCUGAUAUUCCAUUUUGCUUCUUGUGGUUCAAAGAACGUCAUGUAAUGCUGUGUUAAAUAAACAAGGCUAUUACUCAGUGCAUCAAAGAUCUUAGUGAUAUGAUCAGUAAAACUUGUAGUAACAUGGAUAUGUUGUUAAGCUAACUGACUGAAGUAAACAGUAUUGUUAUUUUCUUAUAUUCUUGAGGUCUAAAGGUUUUAAAUCCUUGCUAGAAUUGCAUAGCAUGUAUAAGAAAUUUUCUAAGUCUGAAAUAAAUUAGUAACACCUUUU